CACUUACGACGGCGGGGGAGGGCGCAGACGUGUCCUCUCGUUGGCGUUUCAAUGAUGAACCACCUUCAAGAAGCGAAAGCUGCUGGGCGUAUUCGACUGCAGUCAUUCCGUCAGGUGCUCCAGUAGAAAAACCAGCAGAGGCAGCAGGAGGAGCUUGGUGAACGACUUCUUCUAUUUCCGUAGGGAGCGCGUCGCGUCUGCCACGCGAGAGUCCGGAGCGCUACGCGCAUCGUCAAAGGCGAAAAGCUCCUCAAUGACACGACGCUCGCAAGGGACGUCGUGCAGGCGCCAGUCCCAGUGCAGCAGGCAGAAUCGCAACGUGAAACUCCGCGCGCGACAAGCGAUCAGGAAAGGUCUUCGGAAAUCGAGGCCGCCACGGACUACGAUUUCUGCCUCGAUCUCGACGACGACGACGAGACGGAUGAUGCCAAGCACGAGGAUAAGAUGGCCAUGGAGUUUCUGGCCGAAGAAGGAGAAGAGAUGGCCACUGCCAGGCUCACAGACGAAAAUCAGCUCGCCAGGCAUAUGCUCGCGCCAACUGAAUUUGAUGGCGUCGAAGUGUUGGAGGAUACCGAAGGGGACAUCGUAACGAUGACUCCGGCCAACGAGUACAACCUCGAGAUUGUCUCUGGUUCAUCCUACGUCGUGAGCCCUUUCUUCAUCGAGACUAAACGCGGAGGCACCAGCAAGAGGAAGAACGAAUCGAUCUAUCCAGUUUGGUCCAUGGUCUCGUACGCCGCGCGUCUCUUCACGACCACGGGCCCACUCGUUCGCGGGCUCUUUUACAGCGCCGAGAGCACGUCCUCUCACGUCGAGUCUGUGUUCAAGAACAUGCGAAGCGAGACAAAGGGAAACCUGGAGCUGGCCGAUUACAUCCGCCUCAAAGUCUCUCGCGCAUCAGGAAGUCCCUCGCUCAUGGACACGGACUUAACAUCCUUCAGCGCUGGCGCGAAUGAGAGUAAUCGUCAGGUUCGACCGCGCGCUAAGAAGCCUCCGAGUGAGAAACACAAGGAUGAUCCUUCCGGGUUGAAGUGUGGUAAGUACAUGGCAAACAGUCAGAAGAACUGCACCGCGAACAUCACCACGAAAGGCCAACAGACCUGCAAAUAUAAACGCUGCGGUCAUCACUGCGAGAACAAGUCAGAGUGUCCUGUGCACAGAAGCAGCGGUAAGAAGUAGUGAUCGAAGCCCAAGCGUCGUAACAUAUGAGGUGUUGCUGGCGCUGAGUUUCUUAGAUUCCCCUAGCUAGCCACAGAAAUUAAAUGGAAGUUGCCCUUGUCCUCCUAAGAGCAGCGUUUUCGGUCAGGAUCAUCUCCCGCGCGUACUCUGAGCAGCGCAUCUGCGCGUCAGCACCCAUCUCCAAGCGCGACGCGUCGUGCGCGGCCGAAAAAUCGUCCAGCGCGCG